AUGCGCGAGAGAUUUUAUAACCGCGUUCAAGCUGGUAUUAUUCUGUCGAAUGAUGUCGAGAAGAAAUAUGAUAAUGCUAAUAAGAAUGUUAUUAUUUUAGCAUUACCAAGAGGAGGGGUUCCGGUUGCUUACCAGAUUGCACAAAAAAUAAAAGCUCCGUUGGAUGUAUUUUUAGUCAGAAAAAUUGGUGUCGAAGGUCAUGAAGAAUUGGCCGUAGGUGCCAUUACUGAAACUUCCAAAAUUUUUAACGAUGACAUAAUCAAAAUGCUUCACAUUGGUCAAGAUUCAAUCGACCGUGUCAUUAAGCUUGUUGUUGCGGUUCCAGUCGCUGCUCCUGAUACACUUUCAAAAAUGUCAAAAGAAGUGGAUAAUAUAAUUUGUACGAUGGUACCUCGAAACUUAGGUGGAAUCGGUCAAUUUUACGUAGAUUUCUCACAGACCGAAGAUGCGGAAGUCUUGGAAUUAUUAAAAAAAGCCGAAGAGAAGUAUAGUGUUCCAACUAUUUCUGCUGAAGAUACUGCCAAAUAUAAAAAUGAAACUAUUUUGGAAUAA